AUGCCAUGGGGCAACAUACCAAGGCCCUGGUCUCGAUGCGGUGCCUGUGUAGUCUUAAAUAGAGGAUGCAAUUCACAGUGCAUCUUUGCUCCUUACUUCCAUUGUGAGGAUGGUAUUGCUCACUUUGUCGCCAUCCGCGAUGUUUUUACUGUCAGAAAUGUCGUCAACAUCCUAGCUCUGCUUUCGGUUAGCGACAGUUUUUGGGCUUCUGAUACACUCCUCUUUGAAGCUCAAGCCCGGCUUCAAGAUCCUAUCUAUGGCUGUGUAUCUCACAUUCUUGCCCUUCAGCAGCAGGAUUUACUAUUUGCAUAUUAUUCUUUACAUCCCCAACCUGUUCCUCAACUUGUUCAAAACCCAAGCUGGAAUUACGAUCUUCCUAUUAUCCCAGAGGAUGUCCCUUAUCCCAGUUUCCCAGAGGCUGCUCUUCCACCUUACCCUGGUGAAGCCAGCAGUAGCCAGAUGCCACCCCCAAAUGAUAUUGAUGAGCUGGGAUCUGUCGUGUUUGGCAACCGUCAUCGUUACUGA